UGUCUUCCUUCUGCUGUUUGGUUUGCUUGCAUGAGAUCACACUGUAGUUAACGCGAGCUGUGUGAGUUACACACAGGUGGGAAGAAGGCUGACAGCAGAUUUGUAGCAAGCACCGGAUGAGGAGAUUCACCUGAAGACAAACUAAUAGAGGAUCAGCCAUGGAGAGCAUGAAUUGUGUGGCUGCUGUCGUCUUUCUGAGUCUUCUCUCUUUGGGACGACCUGCUCCUGUAAACAACUGUGGCAGUCUGGCAAAACCAAUAACACUCAGCAAUGAAGACAUGCUGGGCAGGUGGCUGUACAUCGGGGGGAGCUCUGACCUACCAGGAAGCCGCUCCUUGGGUCACCUGAUGACCAGUGUUUGGCUGGACAUCACUGCCACCGCCCAGAGCAACGUCCUUCAUCUCAUCCAGACUCAGAGAAUAUCCGGGAAGUGUACGAGCUUAACAUACAACGUUACCUUUGAAAACAACACAAUGUUGAUUGAUAAACCUUUCUACCUGAAAGAAGUCUACCUGCCUACCAACUGCUCUGACUGUCUCGUUGUCUAUGAAGAAAUCGUCUCGGGCAAACAAACGUUUACCAGUCUUCUGCUGUUCAGCAGAAGGAAAAGUAUUGAACCUGUUUUUGUGGAGAUGUUUGAGACACAAGCAGAAUGUCUUCAAAUGCCAUCGCCGAUAAUGACAAACCCAGACUACGAAAUUUGCCCGGACAACAUCCCGCCCUCAGAGGGCCUCAGUGCCCUCAACUCCUUACUUGAGGCAAAGAUGGGACAUCGAGUUGCAAGAUUUCUGGAUACUAUUUUUGACAUGUUUGUGAACUGAUUCGUAUGUAGUUUGGAUUUGUGCCAAUGAGAAAGCCUACAUGUUGUACCAUAUUGUUAUACACUAACAGAAUAUUACAGUAAUAUAAGCAGUGAGAACAUUGGCAAAUAAAAAGGAAGUCAUUGACUUAUUUUUAAAUUGUUACAACUUUGUUACAAAUACAUAAAGAGACUUAAACAGUU